AUGCCUGCUCUCCAGGUUCCCGAGGCCGGGUUGUCUCUACAAAGAGACAGUCCCGGGGAUGAUAUAAGUGGCAAACAAACACAGAUCUUGCGGUUGAAUCUUGCUCAGAGUACUCUCGACGAGCUGAUUGAGAGCCUUCGUGCUGAUCAACCAGCCCGGAUUCGACUUGGAAAGACCCAAACACUUUUCUACGGCUCUAACAAGUCCUAUCACUUCCACUCCUCCUCCGAACCGCACCGAUCUGAGAUCUACACGAGCUACUCUGUCAAUAGUGAGAAUCUAUACUUCACUGGCGUUUUAAGUCACACUUUGGAGGUCCAGAAAGCCCAGGAGGCAACUGCGGCCACCGACCAAGCCUUGGCGAACCUCGAGCAGAGCUUGAGUGCCUUUGAACGAGGGAAGGAAUCCAAGAAAACCCACAUUAUCACCGAUAUCGCGGAAGUGAGAGCUCUUAGAGCAGGUGACAGCCGGUCGACCACCGGCAAGCAGGCUGCUCUCCUUGCCCGCAUGCCAUCUAGCAAAGUGGAGCUGGAGAAGGAUAGAUUGCUGAAGAACAAAUCGAGCUCUAACCGCUCAGUUUCGUCGAGUCCAAUGCUGGGCGUCGCUCGCUCGCCGAUUCCAAUGCCUCCUCUCACACCAACCUCGGCUCCACCCUCUCAGAACAAAGACCGUGCUCGUCUCGAUGCCCUCAAAGUUCCCUUUAUUCACCUCUUAGCCAUCCGUGCCGUCUCCACCAAGUUUCUUUCCCGACAGACCCGCUCGUCUAUUGAAGACUGUGCAACACUUGCUCAAAAGUACGGAAUCGAAAAUAGAAUCAAUCCAGAAAAGUUCGAUCUUCGGGACAAGGUCUAUAGGGAGCUGGACGUGUGGAAGUUUCCUUAUCCGUCUCAGGAAGACAGGCAGGAAGCGAUUGAGAAUGCUAUCUCUGCAUUCGAUCGAUUGAGGAUCUCCCGCACGGACAAGUUAUGGCAGAACCUACUCCCGAAAGAGGAGCGUGGAAAGGGAAAGUGCCUGUCGCGGCUGGACUUGCGUACAGGCCCGAUAAAGAAAGCCUUAACUCCCCGGAUUCAUGUAUCGGACGAAACUGGGAAAGAGGGUUAUACAACGAGCCAGGAAACAGACAAAUCUGUCUCUUCCAAGCCUGGCGACUUGACAGGCGCUCCAAAGUCUGGUAUGAACACACAGAAGAAGCGGACCGACAAAGAUGCUUCCACCAAGCGGCCCACAGUCAAGGGGAAGACCACCGCUAAUAGUACUUUGACUGGGCGUGUGACCAAGAAGUCGGACAGAAAGGCGCCGUCCAAAGUGGAAAGCAAAUUCAAAUCUGCAGAAUAUGUACAUGACUCUGAUGAUGAUGACGACGACACUGAUCCGCCCGAUGUGUCUUCUUCAUCCGAAAAGUCUCAUUCCCAACAGACACAGCGCAAACCUCGAGUGUCACCGAAGCCUUCCGAUUCACGAGCGCUGAAGGAGCCUUCGCAUGCCCCGACACCGAAGACCGAACCAACCGAUACUCCACUGCCAAAGAUAGACGUUGCAGCCAGCAACAAACCCUCCGCAACGAAAAGGCCACCAUCGUCCCUGCCACCCGGUCCUAACUCUCCACAGAAACCACCAAACGCUGUCACAUCUCCCUCAGUCAGACCUUCCACCAUACACAACCGCAGUCGUUCAUCGAGCCAAAACAAUUCGUCUAGCUCAUCGUCUUCUUCCCCGCUAAUUACGCAGUUGUCGAGGCCGCGUGUCAGCACCGAGCGGCCCAACGUUAAACAACCGAUCAAGCCCAAUGGUGUUGUGAGGACAAAUGAGGCAACAAAUUCGCUGAAACGAAAGGCGGAAGCGGAACGGCCUUCAGUACAGAGUGUCGCACGGCUUCAUGGCAACUUGGAUCACAAACGGCGGCGGGCAGUGAGUACUUCCAGUGGCAGCACGGGGAGUGCUUCGCCGCCUCUUAGUCGCGAACUGCUUUCGCAACAGCUGCGGGACAAAUCUCAAAAGUUCAAGCGAUUUUAUGCAAAGUAUCGUUCGCUGUACGACGCCAUGGCUGCCCAUUCCGACCCACCACGUGCGGACGUGGAGAAGUUAAAUCGACAGCAUGCCCAACUUCAACGCAUGAAAAAAGAAAUCUGGGACGAGCAUCGACGGCUCCGAGACGGACUCUAA